UCCACACCCUACUGCUGAGGUCGCCUCCCUCCUCACUAGCCAUCAGUUCUGUUUCUUUUUCCCGCCAUUUCAAGCCUCGCCCAAGCUUUUGCUCUCUCUUUCACGCACAAUUCUUCGUUCUCUUUCUCGAUUCACGCUAAUCUCGAAACGCCAGGGAAGAUGUUGUGGGUCGACAAGUAUCGUCCAAAAACCCUAGAUCAGAUCACAGUUCAUCAAGAUGUAGCACAGAAUCUUAAGAAACUGGUUACCGAGCAGGACUGCCCUCAUUUGCUCUUCUUUGGCCCCUCCGGUUCCGGAAAGAAAACCCUAGUCAUGGCGCUUAUCCGGCAGAUGUUUGGAGCAAGUGCGGAGAAGGUGAAGGUGGAGAAUAAAACCUGGAAAGUUGAUGCUGGAACUAGAAAUGUUGAAAUAGAGUUAACCACCAUAUCAAGUACAAACCACGUCGAGCUCACUCCCAGCGAUGCAGGUUUCCAAGAUAGGUAUAUUGUUCAAGAGAUAAUCAAGGAUAUGGCGAAAAACAGACCCAUUGACUCCAAAGGGAAAAGGGGACAUAAAGUUUUGGUUCUAAAUGACGUUGACAAACUAUCCAGAGAAGCACAGCACUCUCUUAGGAGAACGAUGGAGAAAUAUAGCUCGUACUGUAGGUUAAUACUUUGCUGCAAUAGUUCAUCAAGAGUUACUGAAGCAAUCCGUUCUCGCUGCCUAAAUGUGCGGAUAAAUGGACCAACAGAUGAUCAGAUUGUCAAGGUACUAGAGUUCAUUGGGAAGAAAGAAGGACUGCAACUUCCAUCUGGAUUUGCUUCCCGCAUUGCAGAAAAAUCAAACCGGAGUUUGAGGAGAGCUAUACUAUCAUUCGAGACUUGUCGUGUUCAACAGUAUCCUUUUGUUAGUAACCAGGCAAUACCACCGAUGGAUUGGGAGGAGUACAUCUCUGAGAUAGCGUCUGACAUAAUGAAGGAGCAGAGCCCCAAGAGACUGUACCAGGUUCGUGGGAAGUUAUAUGAACUACUGGUUAAUUGUAUUCCACCAGAGAUCAUAUUGAAGGUAAUUAUUCUUUCCCAAUUUCUAUUGAUUUUUUCUGUCUUAAUGUGUGAUUUAUAUUAUCUAGUUUCUCAGAGGCUGCUUUAUGAGCUACUCAAGAAAUUGGAUGCUGAAUUAAAGCAUGAGGUCUGUCACUGGGCUGCAUAUUAUGAACACAGGAUGCGACUUGGCCAGAAAUCCAUCUUCCAUAUUGAAGCUUUUGUGGCAAAGUUCAUGAGCAUAUACAAGAGUUUCCUCAUUUCAACGUUCGGCUGAAGAAAAAGCAAUUGAAUGUUCGUAGUUUUAGCGUGUCGGUGAACAAGACAAUCUGGUGCCAUCUUAUGUUCUUCAGUCAGUUUUGUUUGGCACUAGUUUGUUUGUUUGUUCAUCAUCCUUUAGGUUUUAUCUAUCAGGGAACUUGAAGCUGAACUCUUAGGGAUUUGAACUGAAUCUAACAUGCCAAAAAAUGGAAAUUUAUUUAGUCAUUUUGUUGCACCAUCUCCGGGAGAUAAUGGGAAAAAAAUGGAAAAUCCCAACCUUAUUUGGCUGUGUUUUCAUUGC